AUGGCUGCCGCUUCUGUCAACUCCAGCCCUGCUCAAUACUCCGAAACUUCUUCCAAAAAAGCAAAGUCGAAUCAUGCUUCUAGUCCUUCUAUUGUCUCGAAGCCUGACACGAGCGGCUUGGACAAUCUAGACAACCAACACUUCAAGGAAUUGCAGAGAAGCUUGCGCAAUGCUGUCAAGAAGCUGAAUGCGACCGCCAAAGUCGACACCAUCAUUGCAGAGAAUCCCGGCAAAUCCUUGGAUGAGCUUGUUGCUGAGAAGAAGAUCAAUGCCGACCAGAAGGCACAGGCCCUGAAGAAGCCCUCUCUACAGGCCACCGUUGCCCAGAUUGAGGAGCAGAUUUCCCACCUCAAGGAAUUCGCUGCCUAUUACGAGGAACGCUUGGCUACCCAGAAGGCGGAGCUAGAGCAAGCUCACGAGGAGCAGCUCGCAGCUCUGCGGGAGCAGGCUGAUGCGGAUGCCGCUGAAGCCAGCAAGAAGGAUUUCAGCCAACAGCUAUUAAGCCUCAGCAAGUUCCUCUGCGCCGCGGCCACUAUGAGACGUUCCGGAGACGAAUCUUCGAACGAGAGCCGUGCAUUCGAGGGCGUUCUAUACCAGAUUUACGGAGGAACCCAGGAUGCUGUGUCUUCGAUGCUCAAGAUCAUCGAUGGCGCGGAUGACAAGGUCGUUGGUGUUGAUGGAACCGCGCUGGAGAUCACCUAUGGUAAGGUGAAGCAGAUCGCUACUGAUCUUGCUCCUGCUUCCGAACCUGCAACUACCGAGGCGGCUCCUGAGUCGGACCCUACUGUGGCCAAUGCAGGCUACACUGAGUUGCAAGACUCAUCCUACGACUCCAGUGCUGCCGCUGCGACUGAGCCUGCCGCGGAAGAGCAAACCGAACAGGUUGCCCCUCCUGCUCAGACCCUGACUACCGACGGCGCCAAUCAAGUGGCUGAGGCUAGCUGGCAUACCAAUGCGACUGGAGCUGUGGAAACUUCGCCUACCGCUGAAGAAUGGGUCGAGGUGCCACGGGACCCUGCUGAAACCGAGACUGGACUUGAAGCUACUCCUGCCGCUGCUGAGGCCGAGGUGAAAGCCGACACAGCUGUGACUGAGACUACUGCGCCCAGCACCGAGGAUGUUACUGUUCCCAAGCCCCAGGACGGCUUCGAAGCCGUCUCGCACCAUCAGCGCCAGCCUAGCCGUGGUAGAGGCCGAGGUGGCCGGGGCCGUGGGUUCCGGGGCCGUGGCGGUCGUGGCGGCCGUGGAGGUCGCGGACGCGGUGGUGCCAAUGGCUCCUCCGCGGCCCCUGCUCCCAGCCAGUAG